AGUGCGGGGCUGCGCCCGUGCUUGUGGGGUGGGGAUGGCGGGUGCCCGGGGCGGCCCCUCCCAACUCCAGGGUGGCGGAGCUUGGGAGCGCGCCUUGGCCGAGCUGUUGCUGGAGUUUUCGAGGGCGCAGUACCGAGCCCGGGAUGGUGGUGGGGGAAGCGGUGGUAUCUCGGCAGGAGGCACGGGAGGUGGCGGCGGCGGAGGAACCGGGAGCAACACGAAGGUCGAGCGCAUUGAAAAAUGCUGCCUUGAACUGUUCACCAAGGACUAUUGCUACAGCCUGAUCCACAACGUGAACGGUGAAAUCUGCAGCCACUAUCCCCGGCAGAUUGUCUUCUUGGAAUAUGAGAGCACUGAUCAGGAGAGGCACACGUACGAGAGCACCGUCCAAGUCGGCAAGCUGCAAGACCUCAUCCAUCGCAGUAAAAUGGCCCGGUGCAGAGGGAGGUUCGUCUGCCCUGUCAUCCUCUACAAGGGAAAGCACAUCUGCCGUUCGGCCACUUUGGCAGGAUGGGGCGAACUGUACGGGCGCACGGGGUACAACUACAUUUUCUCAGGGGGCUCAGAUGAUGCCUGGGCGGAUACCGAGGACCUGUCAGAAGAGGAUUCGGCCUUUAGAAACGCCGACUCGCAGCUGUUCGACAAGGUCCGGGGCCACGACAUCAAGCUGUUGCGAUACCUGUCGGUCAAGUACAUCUGUGACCUGAUGGUGGAGAACAAGAAAGUCAAGUUUGGCCUGAACGUGACAUCUUCCGAGAAGGUGGAUAAAGCUCAGCGCUAUGCCGACUUCACCCUCUUGUCCGUCCCAUACCCAGGCUGUGAAUUUUUCAAGGAGUACAAAGAGCGGGAUUACACGGCGGAGGGGCUUGUUUUCAACUGGAAACAGGAUUAUGUCGACGCUCCGCUCAGCAUCUCUGCCACUCUUACACAGUCACUGAACAUUGACUGGAACGAGUAUCAGAGCUGGGACUUAGUGCAGCAGACGCAGAACUACCUGAAGCUCCUGAUCUCCAUUAUCAACAGGGAUGGUGAGACGCCCUUUCCUGUCGUGCAGGGGGAGGCUGGGAUGUGGGGACCACUGUCACUGUCAAGUGCUGCUCCCCAGGCAUCGUCCAGCGGGGUCUCGGCUGUCUCCGCAGAGCAGUGUCUGGCCCCCUACAAAGCUUCCACGAACUUUUCCAGGGGUGAGAGAAGGGUUUGCGUCACCUCUCCCCCUCCAAAGAAACGUAGCCUGACCAUGCCUGCAUACGUGGAAUGCUCUGAUCUGCAGAAAAAGUUUUAUCCUCGGGACAAGCUUUUGAUCUGGACUGGCGUGCUGGGCCGUGCCACCCAGGUGUGUUCAAGGGGGCUGCAACCCUGGCUAGCGUGUCAUUCAGAAGGCAAGCACUGUCCGGGCUGGGCCUCUACCUACCUGUUUUGUAUUCCAGAGCAGAGAGACCGGGGCAGCACCACCAGUUUGAGCAGUGACUUCUCUCUGGUGAUGGAGAAUUCCCCAGGCGCCGUGGGGAGUUUCACCUAUGAAGCUGUGGAGCUGAUGCCAGCGGGCACCCAAACGCAAGCGGCUUGGCGGAAGAACUGUGCAUCCUCCCCCCAGACGGUGCUAUGCAGUCGGGCUCAGCCACCUGAAGAUAAACUGCUGUUCCAGAACGUGCUGGAAGCAAGGUCUUCCAGCUCCUCCUCUUCCAACCACUCGGACAACUUCUCCAGGCUGGGCAGCAGUCCGUUGGAGGUUCCCAAAGCCAGAUCGGCUGACCAUUCCCUGCCCGGAUCCUCCCUCUCGACCGACUUUGGCAGCUGGCAGAUGGUAUCGGGGAGUGGCAGUGUGCCGGAGCAGGCGGGCUCCUCCCUCCCCUUCAGCUUCCCAGAUGACCUCCCCAACAGUUGCCUGCUAGUGACGCUUACAGAGCGGGAGUCCCGGCUGGACGAGGUGCGUUCGGCAUUCCUGGCUACCUACAGCAGCACGGUGGCUCUGAAGCCCGUCUCUCCCAGCCCUUCCGGAGCCAUCGGUGGCUUGCUGGAGCAGUUUGCCCGGGGUGUUGGACUGAGAGGAAGCGGAAUCCUUUGACCCCACCCGACCAGUUCUAGACCGAAAAGCGAGGGAACCUCAAGCCAUGAGAGACCAGAUUCUCUGGUCGUCUUCUCCUCUGGAUGCUGCCAGCCACACUGCCUCACUGCCAGCCCUUCUAGGUCCAUCACAGACUGAGAUCACAACCUCCAGUGACUGAGGCUGGGCUGGCUUCUACUGGAAAGUUGGGGUUUCCCCCCUAAUCAUGCUGGACUUGGCUAGCUCUGACAAAUCACCAUAGUAAAAUGUGUCAAAACAC